UCAGCUGACUGGCUGCUGCCUUUUUUUAAAUAUACAACAAAUCAUUUUCUUUAAAUGACAAACUAAACAUCACAUGAUAGAAUAAUAAUAUUUUUUGGGGGAGAAUAAUAUCUACCUGAUGAAUCAAAUAUACGGUGAAUGCACACUGACAGCUGUUCACUUCUCCGUGUACUGCAGCACGUCCUCAGAUCUAGAUCAUGGUUGUGUGUUUCAGGCCCAGCAACGUAGCUCUAAAAGAGAUCCGUCGGUACCAGAGGUCCACUGAGCUGGUGAUCCGUAAACUGCCGUUCCAGCGCCUGGUGAGGGAGAUUGCUCAGGACUUCAAGACUGACCUGCGUUUCCAGUGCGCUGCCAUCGACGCCCUGCAGGAGGCCAGCGAGGCGUUCCUGCUGGAACUGUUUGAGGACACUAACCUGUGUGCCUUCUCUGCCAAGCGCGUCACCGUCAUGCCAAAAGACAUCCAGCUGGCAUACCGCAUCCGUGGAAGUCGGCCUCACUAA